GUUGCAAAGUCAGUAUAGUUUUAUCUUCGACCAAACAAUGAGCAUUCCAAGCCCCUAUCUCGAAAUUCUCGCUACUGUUUUAACCCUCCUAGUGGCAAUAAUCCUCUACUACCACAAUGCGUUCCAAUUUUGGGCCAAAAAAAACAUCCCUUUCAUCCCCCCGCGCUUUCCCCUCGGCAACACCAACGUGAUCCUCCCCAGAGGCCUGACAAUCGGCCAACUCAGCAAAACCUUCUACGACUAUUUCAAGCAACGGGGGUGCAAAAUCGGGGGUGUUUUUCUCGUGACUGAACCAAAUCUCAUGGUUCUGGACCCGGACUACAUCAAAAAUAUCCUUUUGAAAGACUUUCACUAUUUCGUAGAUCGGGGAUUUUAUUUCAACGAGAAAACCGACCCCAUCAGUGCCAAUCUCUUCACCAUAGAUGGCGACCAGUGGAGGAACCUCCGAACCAAACUCACCCCAACUUUCACCUCAAGCAAGAUGAAAAUAAUGUACCAAACAGUGAAAAACUGCUGCACCAACAUGCUGGAAGCAAUCGACAAAAACAGGGAUGUUGACAGGGAUUUGAAGGAGUUUUUGGGGCGGUAUACCGUGGAUGUGGUGGGAUCGUGUGCGUUUGGGAUUGAGUGUAACAGUUUCAAGCAUCCCGAUGCCGAGUUUCGCAAAAUGGGGCUGAAAGCGUUCCAUUUUGAUUUUUUGAGGUCAAUUCGGGCCUUUUUCAUUGCUUAUUUGCCCAAAAUGUCGCGCAAAAUGGGCUUCCCGAGCAACGAUAAAGACAUUAGGGAGUUUUUCUACAACGUUGUGAUUGAGACAAUACAGAAACGGGAGGAAACCCAAGUCAAACGCAACGACUUUUUGCAACUUUUGAUGGAUUUGAGGAGGAGCGAAAUUUUGAGUUUGGACGAAGUGGCAGCUCAGGUGUUUCUGUUUUUCACAGCGGGGUUUGAGACAAGUUCCACCACCAUGACGAUGUGUCUCUACGAGCUUGCCAAGGAGCCCCAACACCAAGAAAAGUUGAGGAAAGAGAUUGAGGAGAAAAUUGGAACUGGGAGUGAAAUCACCUAUGAAAGUUUGUUUGAAAUGAAAUUUCUGGAUCAAGUUUUUUGUGAAACUCUUCGGAAGUACCCCCCAGGUCAGACCCUCAAUCGGCGCUGUGUCAAAAACUACACCCUCCCUGGGACCAACACAGUGAUUGAGAAAGGGACGCCGAUCCUUAUUUCAGCAGUGGGGAUCCACAUGGAUCCUGAGUAUUAUCCUGAUCCUGAGAAAUUUGAUCCUGAGAGGUUCAGUGAGGAAAAUAAGAAGUUGAGGCAUCCGUCUGUUUAUCUACCAUUUGGGGAUGGUCCAAGGAAUUGUAUUGGGAUGCGAUUCGGGACUAUGCAAUCGAAAUUGGGGAUUGCAUCAGUUGUGAAAAAUUUUAGGUUGAGUGUUAGUCCUAUAACAAAGCCGGUUAGGCUGGAUCCUAACACUUUUCUCCUGACUACUAUGGAUAAAAUUUAUUUUAGAAUGGAAAAAAUUGUGAAAUAACAAAAAUGAAAUAUAUAUUUUAGUAGAGUGAA